AUGGGGGUUGUAGGCAUCACUACAUACUUUCAGUUGAAUUCCAACAUAUUUUUGAAAAACCAUCGGCUCCAGAACACCGUAGUUGUGGUUGACGGAUUUUCACUGACCCAUUUCAUCUAUAAUCGUUGUGAAAAUGGAACUAGCGUUUUCGGUGGCGAUUAUGACGUGAUUGCGAAAGCUUACAGGGAUUUUAUCGACCUACUUUUUAAAUGUAACGUCACACCAGUGUUCGUUUUUGACGGUAUGCACGAAAAACGCAAAGAUGAAAAAAGAAUGAAAACUAUGAAGCAACGCCUUAAGAUGUAUGAUACGGUCGAGGCAUUUGCCAAACAAUGUGAUCGGUCUAGUCGCAAAGUCAACCGACCAAUACCGACUCUUUUCCCAUAUUUUGCCGGUGACGUCAUUUUCGACAUCCUCAGCGACAUGGAUAUACCGCAAGUCCAUUGCGACUAUGAAGCCGAUUCCGAAGUGGCCAUUUUAGCUAAGACGUUCAACUGCCCAGUGCUUAGCGACGACUCAGAUUUUUAUUUCCAAGAAGCUCCGUUUAUACCGCUAAAGUACAUGGACAUAGAUGGUUCAAUGUGCAAUUUUAUUGAAUGCAAGCUGUACGAGAUAGACUAUUUUUUGAAUUACUUCGGUGGGUUAAACCAAGAUUUUGUACCAUUAAUCGAAGCAUUCCUGGGCAACGAUUACAUAAAACCAGGUACGCUAAAUGCGCCCUUGAGUUUGAGACUCGGCACUGUGACCUGGGAUAAUAAACUCAUGAUGAUUUUUCGUUGGCUACGCUGGCAAAAAGAUGUGAACAGUGCAAUUUUAAAUAUGACAUAUCAUCUGCCGACUUCUGUCAAAGAUAAUACAAUCAAAAUAAUAGAAACUCUGGUACAGGAAUACAGGAAUACAAAUAGCGAGUAUUUACCGUUUGUUCUGAACUACAAGAGUAUGAGUAGAUUUCAAAACGAUUUUAAAAACAAAUCAAAAAUUGUCAAACAAGAUACUUUACUUCCGCGUUGGCUAGAAAAUCACUACCGCAAAGGAACAGUAAGCUCCAUUAUCAUGACAAUAGUAACGAAGAGAGAAAUGAACUUUAUUUUUCAAAUUGACGACUACAAACAAGAACCUUAUUUUUUGUUUUCUUGGCGUAUUUUGGAGACAUUAGUCGGAUUGCUGUUUGGCGAUAGUGACCCAUUACCAGCCGUAGGUAGAGGAGUCAAUAACGAUUUAGUAACAUACUACAUAAAACCAUUUGUAUCCCAACCUUGUGUACCACUGUCGCAACUGAACAAAAUUAAUUUGCAACAGCGCAAAGUAAUAAUGUUUAACUUAGUCGAUUUAAAAUCACUAAACGGAAUUCCAAAGGAUUGGGAAGUUUAUAUUUUGGGUUUAAUAUAUUGGGCAAAGUAUAACAGCUGCAAGUCAAAUCAUCUACACGCUUUGAUUGUUUGUGCGAUUAUAUUGAAUACUCUUAGAAGAUGUCAUGAUAACUCAGUUGAAUUGCCGUUUGAUGUUGUAAACACAGAAAACACAAUUGUAAACUAUUUAUUAAGUUUAAAAGGGGAAGAGUGCAGCAGAGUUAAAGCUAAGAUUGCUAAAUACGAGAGUUGUAGUAAACUAAAUGACCAAGACACUUAUUGCAAAAUAAUGUAUCCAUUUUCGCAGUUUCAAGGAUGCAUUGAUUUUAUAAUGAUACUAAAUUCCAUUUUAGAUUUUCCAUUCGUUCAAUGUCGAAUUGAAAAUUUCUUCAAAGGAACAUUGUUGUACAAUUUGUGUAAAGAAAUGAACAAAUAUGACAAUCCUAAAAGGCCCAAACUCAUUGAACAGUAA